CGGCGUGUGUGUGUGUGUGACAGUGUUGAAACGAGGGGUUUAAAACAUGGCCAACUGCGUGGCUUUCCAGAGCAAGUUAACCUCGAUCAUGGAGAUGCUCGCUAAAGCCGCCGUGGUGGAGAUCAGCAAGCUGUGGGAGGACGGCUUCGCGCUGGUGCAGCUGGAGCUCCGCCGGCGGGAGGGCGAGAUCGAAGCCCUGAGCAGGAGGCUCGCGAUGAUGGAGAGCGAGCGGGCGACGGGUCCGUCGCCGCCGGCCGCCUCGAAGCUUCCGCGCCCCGCAGACGGGCUGAUUAUACACUCUGUCCAGACGUUGUCAUCGGAUCCGAGCGCCAGAGAGGCGGCGGACGCCCCGGCCAAUCACAGGACGCCGCCCCCAUCGCAGCCCGAGGUGAAGCGACGCGAGCAGCUCAAGUCGGACGUCUGCGGAAGCGACUGCAGGGACGACGGCGAAGACCUGAUCGUGAAGCUGGAGGACGAGGACGAUGUCCAGAUCGUGGAGCAGGUGGUGGACCUGGUGGAGCACGCCGCCGACGGAGCGGGUCACCAGGAGAUGGAACUGGACCUCCAACCCGCCGAGGUCGCGGAAGAACAGGAGAGCCGGCAUUGGUCGUCGGUUUCCGUGGGAGACGGCGACACCGACGACGACUCCGACUGCUUUUUCGAGCCGAAGCAGCUGUCGCAAAACCUGGACUCCGAAAUCCUGCUCAUUCAGAACGCUCUGGACCUUUUUGACGAUUCAGCGGAGACGGCGUACUCGGACGGGUUGGCGAGGGACAGCGGACGCGGCGCCUCGAGCAAACCGAGGCCUCCCGUGACUCCCGCGCGACCUCAGCACAGCCAACCCGUGGAAGCGCCGAAUCACCCGGAGGGCGGCGUGUCCAUCCGAUUCCUGGCGGAGAAACAACCGCAAACUAAAAACGCGUCGGCGUUCAACCCCGACAGCAGGUUCUUCCUCCUCAGCGACGCCGAGACGCAGAAGUCGAUAGCGAGCCGCCGCCUGAAGGAGAAGUGGUUCAUCUGCCCGUUCUGCGGCAAGAGCUUCGACCGCGUCAGCCACCUGGAGAUCCACCAGCGCAUCCACACGGGAGAGAAGCCGUACACGUGCGACACGUGCGGCAAGUGCUUCUCCCAGAGGAGCAACCUGCGCACGCACAUGCGGACGCACAAAGAGGCGCUUUCCCACAACGCCGCUUUGAUCCAGUAGUGAGCGACAAGCCACAAGUGUCCGCGCGUAGUUGAACGAACAGAUGACAUUUAUAUUUUGAAUAUUACCGCCAAGUAAUGUAGCCCACGGAUUUUACUGUGCACUUCCUUUCUUUUUCGGAGAUUAUUAUGAUGAGAAUUAUCAGUUUUAACAUAGCUUUGAGCGUGAGGACUGAUUUUGGUUUUUAAACCCGGCAGCCGGUCGAAAAAGAAAAACCCGUAGGAGACGUCCGGCCACAGGGACACGGCUGAACGACGACUUCCACGGGCUCAACGUGGCUGAAAAAGAACACGCGUGAUGAAGAAGGCAACCUCAGCGCUGAGAGGGCGGGACUCACCUCGGCUUCAUCGAACGGUCGCCUUUGCGUCGUGUGUUGUCUUUGUAAUGCCAACGCCAGGUUCGGUCACAUGUGCAUUUCAUUUAAUGUAAAUUGUGUGGUAAAAAUCCAAGAAAAAAAAAAAAAAAAGUGGACCAACUCAAAGCACUCGAUACUACAUGCAGACAUUUCUCUUUCACCCACUGAUCAGGAUCUAAAAAAAAAAAUUGAUCGCACAGCCUUCAGCAGCUGUUUGGCAGCGCAUCACCUCCGAGGACGUGGCGGCGCAGCUCGGGAUCGAACUGCCGAGCCGCCGUUGUCCCACCGCGCGUCGGGACGGGACGGCUCCUCUUAGCACUUUUUGAGCGGAGGGUCAGCAGCCUAAAGAAACAGCUUAACAUUUUGGGAAAAAGAUUGGUACGAUUUCCGCUUUUGUUAAAUGUGAAACCACAACCACCCGCCGAUGAGCUUAGCACGAAGACAUGACAACCCUUUCAAAGAAAGAAUAAGCCUAUUUCCCAAAAUGACGCUUUAUUCAUUAAAUAGGGAGGUUUUACGAGGUCAUUGAACUCACCACUCGGUCACACAGAGACCAGCCACCCUGUGAAAAUCUGUUUUUCGCCUGUUAUCCACAAACUUAAGUCAGACAUCUGAACUAGAAUAAACCAGAUGUGAUAUAAAACCAUGUUACUGCAGCAGCUGGAUCAGCGACGCCCUUUUAUCCUCACGAGAGGCAAAUCAUUAAGAACAAUUACUUUGUAUGCUGUACUUUUAUGAAUAAACAUUUCAAUAUUUA